AUGGAUUGGCAGUUCAAGGUCACAUUCCUUGCGCUCGUCGCCCUGUUCACCUCCUACGCGUUCGCGGUCUCCCCUCUAGUCGUCAAAGGCGCCGACUUCGUCAAUAGUGUCGACGGUACACGAUUUCAGAUCAUUGGUGUCGCUUACCAACCGGGCGGUUCUUCCGGCUUCGACCCUGGCUCAGGGAUCGACCCACUGAGCAACUCUUCGGUCUGCCUUCGAGAUGCCGUUCUCAUGCAACGCCUGGGGGUCAAUGCCAUUCGCGUCUAUAACCUAGACCCGGAUUUGGACCACAGCGAGUGUGCUUCGAUCUUCAAUGCAGCAGGCAUUUACAUGAUUCUCGACGUCAACAGCCCUUUGCCAAAUCAAUCGCUUAACCGAGGUGCCCCAUGGGAGUCGUACAACUCAGACUACUUGCAGCGCGUCUUCCAGGUCGUCGAAGGCUUCAUGCACUUCAACAACACCUUGGGUUUCUUCAGUGGUAAUGAGGUCAUCAACGAGGACUCUGUCCCACAAGUCCCCGCCUACAUCAGAGCCGUGACCAGAGAUAUCAAAGAUUACAUUGCGGCGCAAGGCCCACGAGACAUUCCUGUCGGCUACUCUGCGGCCGAUGUUCGCCCACUGCUCAUGGGCACCUUUAACUACAUGUCGUGUGGGCUUGCCAACGAGACCAGCUCUAGCUCCAAGAUCGACUUCUUUGGUCUUAACAGCUACUCCUGGUGCGGUGACGCCACUUUCCAGUCCUCUGGCUACGAUGUCUUGGUCGAUGACUUUAGUAAUACCACCAUCCCCAUCUUCUUCUCGGAAUAUGGCUGCAACAAUGUCUCGCCCCGGAAAUUCUCCGAAGUGCCUGUUCUGUACUCUAAGCAGAUGACCCCCGUCUUUUCGGGCGGUCUCAUCUACGAGUACAGCGAGGAGCCAAACAACUACGGCUUGGUCAAUCUGAACGACAAUGGCACCGUUUCCAUCUUUGAGGACUACGACAAUCUGCGCAAGCAGUAUGAUUCCCUAGACGUUGCCUUGCUGGAGAAAGCCAAUGCCACUGCCACGUCUUUGACCGCCCCUAACUGUGCUGGCAGCUUGUUGUCGGGGACCAACUUCACCAAGAGCUUUGACAUUCCUGCUCGACCGGAUGGGGUGGAUAAGCUUAUCAAGAAUGGUAUCUCGGGCAAAUACCCGACAGGGACCUCGUCCAUUUCCGACACCAAGCCGUCGCAAAUUGUCUAUGCCGCCAACGGCCAACAAAUUACCGGCCUUGAACUGAACGUACUGGCCAACGAUCAGAGCAACCUUCCGGGGAACAAUACUAGCGGUAGCACUCCGGCGAGUCCAUCCGGCACGGCCAGCACUACCACCAGCAGUAGCAGCGCUCCCACCAAGACCAAUGCCGCAACCAACUUGAAGGUUGACGACGCUAGGUUUGGAUCUCUGAUCUUUGGUGUAGUAGCUGCUGGCCUCUUGAUGCAGUGGUGA